CUCCGACGAAGGACUUGCCGUCGACUUUCAGUCGCUCGCCACUUUUCGAAACACACGGUCGUCGAGGACUUGCCACCGCCGGAAAACUGUGGAAAACUGCGUGCGUGCGUGAGUGUGCGUGUGCUUCGAGGGAAAAAGCGAAAUUCUCCGUCCAAACAACAGCAAACACAAGCGAAUGCUUCGUAGUUCCUGCGUGGUCCGCGUACCGCAAAACCGAAUCAUUAAUAAAGAAAAGCCCUGCCGUCGACAAAAUUGUUUUGCGCUACCCAAGCACGUUGACACGGCUUAAAUGGGGCAUUAAGUGCUCGGAGUUCAGUGCUGAUAUAUGCAAUUUUCGCUAAUCACAAGUGCAAUAAUCCCACACGCUUCUCUGUGUGAUGCCAACUGGCCAGCAGAACGAAAAGGAUUAAGUUCCGGAUCGAGCGACAGGCGUUAAGCUGAUUGCCCGGUGAUAUAAGAACUGGGCAGAGCGAGGAAGAAAUCGGAGCAAGGAACAUGGAGUGACCAGCAGCAGGAAAGUGGACAAAGUGACAGGCGAUAGCCACAAAACAACACAGGCGAAGGAGGAAAGCAGGCCAGUUGACAGGAGCUCAGCCAAUAAAAGCCAACCAAACUCAGUCUGGGCCAAAUUUGGACACACUGAUGCAAAAAGGCGGAGGAGGAAGCCACCAGCAGCAGCAGCAGCAACCGCAGCAAAACAAAACUGAAAACGGAAAAGUUGCUCUGAAACAGACUGCAAAAGGGGACUGAGGGGAUUGAGGGGAGCAGCCAGCGGAAGCCGAGGCUGAAAAGUUGCCAAAUUUGGUAGACAGACCCCUUUCUGGCCAUCUCGUUCCCACCUCCAGCCGGAACAGUUAGCAGCAGCUGGAAUUUGAUUUUAACGCUUAUUCGAGAGCUUGGGAUCUGUUUGUGGCACCAGCCACUGACAACCAUCACCAGGCAGGAGCAACUGGCAGCCGAAUUAAAGCCAGCACCAGGAGAACUCCGCCCCAACUCCGCUUGGAAGCUACGCAUCAAUGGCAACACAUUGAGAUUGGCUGUCAAAGGGGAGCAUCCGGAUUCCGGAUUCCGGAAACGGGAGUGGAGCGGAGCGGAGUGGAGCCGUGGAAAUGUUCGCCACUUGCGGCGACACAUGCUCUGACAAUUCAUUGACUCCUCGCAGCACCCACACCCACUAAGCCAACCUCCAACCUACACCAUGGGACUCCUUCCUCUGAUCCUGCUCCUAUGCCUAACCAUGUCCACCUCGGUCAGCGGCUAUCUGAACAUUUUCAUCAGCCACCACGAGGUGAUGAAACUGAUGGGACUCGAGGCGGACCUGUUCUAUGUGCACGAGGGAGCCAUCAACACAUACGCAAUGCACUUCACCGUUCCAGUGCCCGCGGAUGUCCACGAGCUGGAGUUCUCCUGGCAGAGUCUGAUUGCCUACCCACUGCCCUACGCCAUUAGUAUUGAGUACAACAACGACCAGGAGGCACUGGGCACGCCCACGCUGAGCAUACCGCACAAGGGUCUGGUUCCACAGGAGAUCGAGUCCUUCCUGGUUUACCUGCCCUGCACCGGAAAUGCGAGCCUACAGAUGCCCGUCAAUGUCAACAUGGUGGUGCGUGCUCCUCCGCGAUUCAACGACACCCGGCUCCACUUCAAGCGCAACAAGAUCUGCGCCAAGGGCAUCUCACCUGAGCCCAAUCAAUCGCCGGCGCCAGCCCAUGCCCCCUCCCAAGGACCCGCCCUGCUCAGUGCCGCCGCCUGUGCUCUGGGUUUGGUUCUGGCCGUGGGUCUAGUGGCCAGCAUGAUGUAUGUGAGGGCGCGCAAACAGCUUCGCCAGGACUCGCUGCACACCAGCUUCACCACCGCAGCUUAUGGCAGCCACCAAAACGUGUUCAUCCGCCUGGAUCCCCUGGGAAGACCGCCGAGCGCCACUGGAUCCUAUGCGACCAUUGCCAGCCUCAACAAAUACCCUGCGGACAGCAAAAAGUCGUGCAGCAUAUUCGACCGUUUCAGGAGCUCACCCACACCCACGCCGUAUGCCACCGCCCUGCUGCCCAUGAACCUGGAACAGACCGCAGAGACGAUUUACUCCAAGCCGGAGUCGAUCUGUCCCUCGAGGAUUUCCUACUACGCCUCCUCGCAACUGACCCAGCCUUGCAGCCUGUCGACGCCAAAGAGCAUUCGCAGCAACGGCAAUGGCAACUGCACCAGUGGAAGUGGCAGCCUCAGUCUUUUUGGUGGCAUCCCCACCGGCAGCACCAUCACCAUGGCCAGUCACGGCGAGAAGGGCAACCAGCGGCUGCGACGGAUACCCAGUGUCCAGCCCGGCGCCCUCAGCUACGAGGAGCUGGUCAGGGAGGGCACCUUCGGCAGGAUCUAUGCCGGCAAGCUGGGCGAGUCCUGCGAGGCGCUGGUGAAGACCGUCAUCGAUGGCGCCUCGCUCACCCAGGUGGCCUGCCUGCUGCAGGACGCCUCCCUGCUGAUCGGCGUCAGUCAUCAGCACAUCCUGGCACCGCUGCUGGCCAACACGGAGCUGCCGGGUCCGCCGGAGAUAGCCUAUCCCCAUCCGUCCAAGGGCAAUCUCAAGAUGUACUUGCAAAAGUCGCGGGAAUCGAGCACGGCAUUGAGUACGCGCCAGCUGGUUGAGUUUGGGCUGCACAUCACCAAGGGAUUGGCCUAUCUGCACUCCCUGGGAAUCGUGCACAAGGACAUUGCCACACGCAAUUGCUACCUUGACGAGGAGUCCUAUGUGAAGAUCUGCGACAGCGCCCUGUCCCGCGAUCUCUUCCCGGACGACUACGACUGUCUGGGCGACAAUGAGAAUCGGCCACUGAAGUGGCUAUCGCUGGAAUCGCUCCAGAAACGGGUCUAUGCCACCCAGGGCGAUGUGUGGGCCUUGGGCGUGACCUACUGGGAGCUGGUCACGCUGGCCCAGAUGCCGCACGAGGAGGUGGAUAUAUUCGAGCUUACCAAUUACUUGGCUGCCGGCUUCCGGCUGGAGCAGCCCGUCAACUGCCCAGAUGAAUUCUUCACGGUCAUGAACUGCUGCUGGCACUGCGAGGCCAAACAGCGACCCACACCCUCCCAGUUGCUAUCGUAUCUGCAGGACUUCCAUGCGGAUCUGGGCAUGUACAUCUAAGCGAGACGAAGGACUGACGGACUGAGCAUGGGGAUGAGGAUGGGCGGUAUCCAGUGGAGUCGAGCGGAGCGAAGCCCAAAAUAAAUUAAUUGAAACUUUUGCAUUUUAAAUGUGAGAUUAAAUGUGAAUUUACCUGUUAGAGUUUGGCGCAAAACCAAUUACACUGAAAGCCAGCUAACUUCAGAUACGUAAGCACACGCAUAUACACACACCAGUACACUGGGGUGGACCUCUAUGACUUCAAUACAUAACUAUUAAACUUAAUAAAUGCAGUUCAUUUAACAAAUAGCUCAACAACACCCAAACAGUCUCAAGAGGUAUCUGCAAUAAGCUACAGACCACAUUGCGUAUGAGCGAUGUGCGCGCAAAUGAACAUCGAAUACUUUAGGGCCACACGGCGUAUGAGUGAUGCACUGGCUGGCCUUAAAGUUCAAUCUUACUUCGAACACAGUGCCACUAAGGCCACACUUUUCACCAACGCACUGCCCCUGAAAGCCAUGCAUCAAGGCGAGUCAAAAGUCAAAUAGCAACUGAGGUCCACCCAACAAUAGAGAAGCUAUCAUUUUCCAACCCGUUGACACCAGGCCCGGGUUCGAAAUAUCCCCCGAGCGGCAUGUGGGUUAAGCGUUAGAUAAAACUGACAUUUAAGUAGUUAGCAAUUGAAUAACAAACACUCACACGCAGCGAAACAUUCCAAAACACACACAAGGAC